AUGGUCGACGUGGCCGUGUCUGCUCAGUUGCAGCAAUGGUCCUUCGAAAAACCUUCCCUAACCCGCCCAGACAGAUCGGACAGUUCUGCUUCUUCCCCGGACCCUUACAACAAUGACCCCGAGACGCUACGCAUAGAUACAUCUGUAGGAAACAAAUCGACCAGUGCGAGCUCCAAGGAGACCGUUUCCUUCCAGGAGCGAUAUCUUUCCUCCGAAGAGGACCUAUCUCCCAUGGAGGGAACUUCUGAUAUCGAUUCCGACUAUGGUGACGACGUUAGCAUUCACAACGACGACAACAAGGAGAACUGUUUCUCCGCCAGAAAGAUGAGCAUGUCUCGAUUCGAAAAAGGGAAGAGCUGUGAUAUGGCUGUCUUAAUCUCGUACGUUUCCGCCGGACGACCAAAGGUGAUCAAUCUCGCCAAUGUCAGUUCGCCUGUGCAGGAACAGGAGCAGCCACAGCCUCAGCCCCAAUCACAACCACAAGCACAACCUCCCCAGCGUUCGGCGUCGCUUGCUCAGCUGCCAUUCGCUGCCAUAAACAAGCUACGCAAAGCUGAACCAUCCCGCCUCUCCAUGGCUGCCACUCCAUCGGCCAGUCGAACAGCCAGUCCUGCACCCUCCAGUAAGGAGUCGAGGAGACCUUCAACCGGCCACCAGACAUCCUCACGCAAUACCAGCUCCUUCAACGUCUCAGACUCAUCAUCCUUUUCAGCCCGCUCGACAAGGAGUAUCUCGCCCGCUGCCAGUGAGCUCUCUAUUCGACCUGUCAGUGCCAUGCCAGCCAUCCAGCCACGAUCAUCCCUCUACAUCUCUUCCUCUGCGUCCGUCAGAGCAUCCACUAUGCCAUUCCCACCGCUCACACCACAAACUCCUGGAACUCAUGCAUUCCUGAGCUCCGAUCCCUACGAGAACUCAACCACAUCAUCUGCUUCGCCUAUCAUUAAGUCCGCACCACACAAGCGUCUACGAUCGAUUUCACAGAAGCUCUCGCUUGCGAAGAUCGCCAUCACCCCAUCCACGAAGAAAUGGGACACUCGCGUGAACGGCAAGCCAGGCAUGCCACCAACACCUGCCAGUCCCUUCACACCGGUCACGCCACAGACAGCCCCACUACCUGGAUCGUUCUCAUCAUCAGGAAACCGCCUGAGACGACACUCUAGGAUAUCACGACCCAGCUCGGUCCGAGGGCCAUCCCCCGAGAUUCCGGCCAUGCCCACCGCCGUAACAUCGUCACCCGGAAAGAAUGCCUCAAAGAUGGUAGCCCGCGGCGCCGGCGAGCGUGCACCCACGAUCGAGCUUCCUCCUUUCCCAGAAGCAAGCGACCCGAUGGCGAGCAUCAAGGGUCCUCGAAUUCGCAAGAGGAAGAGUCUGAUGGACCUCCUCUAA